UCUCUCUCUCUCUCUCUUUCUUUGCGGGAGGAGGGCAGGAAUAAAACAACCACCAAUACACACACCGCCCGGCCUCUUCUCUCUCGCUCCAUCCCCCCGCGCCCAAACAGAAGCAAAAUGCCCGCUUUCAUCCUUUGGGGCCGGUCCUGUUGAGCUUUGCAAAAGGGGAGAGAGCGAGAUCCCCACUGCGGGCGCUGUGCGUGUGAGAUACACCAGCCCGAGCUCUUCUAUGGGAAGUUUUGGGGGCUUGACAGAAGCAGCAGCAGCAGGUAUUAGUGCGAGGAGAGCUGAAGUAAUGAGAAGUCAUCAUGGAGGCCCAGUCCCAUAGCUCUGCCACAACCGAGAAGAAAAAAGUUGAGAAUUCCAUAGUGAAAUGCUCCACUCGAACAGAUGUCAGUGAGAAAGCUGUUGCCUCCAGCACAACUUCCAAUGAGGAUGAAAGUCCUGGACAGACCUAUCACAGAGAGAGAAGAAACGCAAUCACAAUGCAGCCACAAGGUGGGCAAGGCCUCAGUAAAAUCAGUGAAGAGCCUUCAACAUCUAGUGAGGAAAGGGCCUCAUUAAUAAAGAAGGAGAUCCAUGGAUCUAUAUCGCACCUUUCUGAGCCUUCUGUACCUUAUCGUGGGACGGUUUUUGCAAUGGACCCCAGGAACGGUUACAUGGAUCCUCAUUAUCAUCCACCUCACCUUUUUCCAGCAUUCCACCCUCCUGUGCCAAUUGAUGCAAGACAUCACGAGGGACGUUACCAUUAUGAACCAUCUCCCAUUCCUCCACUGCAUGUGCCUUCUGCCUUAUCUAGUAGCCCAACAUAUUCAGAUCUUCCGUUCAUUAGAAUUUCCCCACACAGAAAUCCGGCUGCAACAUCAGAAUCUCCCUUCAGCCCUCCUCACCCUUAUAUUAACCCUUACAUGGACUACAUCCGAUCACUGCACAGUAGCCCGUCUCUGUCAAUGAUCUCGGCAGCCCGUGGACUCAGCCCUACAGACGCUCCACACACUGGAGUCAGUCCAGCUGAAUAUUACCAUCAGAUGGCUCUAUUGGCAGGUCAGCGGAGCCCAUAUGCAGACAUUAUUCCUUCAGCUGCUACUGCAGGAGCUGGUGCCCUUCAUAUGGAAUACCUUCACGCCAUGGAUAGUGCCAGGUUUCCGAGUCCAAGGCUGUCAACUAGACCAAGCCGAAAGCGUACGCUGUCCAUAUCGCCCCUGUCUGAUCAUAGCUUUGACCUUCAGACCAUGAUACGGACAUCUCCAAACUCCUUGGUCACAAUUCUCAAUAAUUCUCGCAGCAGUUCUUCAGCUAGUGGUUCCUAUGGCCACUUAUCUGCAAGUGCAAUAAGUCCUGCUCUGAGUUUCACUUACCCUCCCACACCGGUAUCCCUCCAGCAAAUGCAUCAGCAAAUUAUAAGUCGUCAGCAAACCCUAGGUUCGGCCUUUGGACACAGCCCUCCACUCAUCCAUCCUGCCCCAACUUUUCCUACCCAGAGACCUAUCCCAGGCAUCCCUAGUGUCCUGAACCCUGUCCAGGUCAGCUCUGGUCCUUCCGAGUCCACGCAGCAGAAUAAACCCACAAGUGAAUCUGCAGUGAGCAGCACCGGGGAUCCAAUGCACAACAAGCGUUCCAAGAUAAAACCAGAUGAGGACCUCCCCAGUCCAGGUGCAGGAAACAUGCAGGAACAGCCAGAAGGAAUGACCCUUGUAAAGGAGGAAGGGGACAAAGAUGAAAGCAAGCAGGAGCCCGAAGUGGUCUAUGAGACGAACUGCCAUUGGGAAGGCUGUUCACGAGAGUUUGACACGCAGGAACAGCUAGUGCAUCAUAUAAACAAUGAUCAUAUACACGGAGAGAAGAAGGAGUUUGUGUGCCGAUGGCUGGAUUGUUCCCGGGAGCAGAAGCCAUUCAAAGCCCAGUAUAUGUUGGUGGUACACAUGAGGAGACACACAGGGGAAAAGCCACACAAAUGCACUUUUGAAGGUUGUACAAAGGCCUACUCCAGACUAGAAAACUUGAAAACCCACUUGAGAUCUCACACUGGAGAGAAACCAUAUGUGUGUGAGCAUGAGGGCUGCAACAAAGCAUUCUCUAAUGCCUCCGAUCGGGCCAAGCACCAAAACAGGACUCAUUCCAAUGAGAAACCAUAUGUUUGCAAGAUACCAGGCUGCACAAAGCGCUACACAGACCCCAGUUCUCUCCGGAAACACGUGAAGACUGUGCAUGGCCCUGAGGCACACGUUACCAAGAAGCAGCGUGGAGAUAUUCAUCCCAGGCCUCCACCACCAAGAGACCCAGGCAGUCAUUCUCAAUCCAGAUCACCAGGCCAGCAGACUCAGGGUGCAACUGGCGAGCAAAAGGACCUCAGCAACACUACCUCAAAGCGGGAAGAAUGCCUCCAAGUGAAAGCUGUCAAGUCAGAAAAACCAAUGACAUCUCAGCCAAGCCCUGGUGGUCAGUCUACAUGCAGCAGCGAACAGUCCCCCAUCAGCAACUAUUCCCACCAUGGGAUCGAGCUUAAUCUGACCAGUGGAGGUAGUGUAGGAGACCUCAGUGUCAUUGAUGAAACCCCAAUCAUGGACUCUACCAUUUCCACCGCAACCACAGCACUUGGCUUACAGGCCAGGAGGAACAUGACAGGGACCAAAUGGAUGGAGCAAGUCAAAUUAGAAAGGUUGAAACAAGUUAAUGGAGUGCUUCCAAGACUGAAUCCCAUUCCACCUUCAAAAGCCCCAACCUUGCCACCUCUCAUAGGAAAUGGUAUCCAGUCAAGCAGCAGCUGCAGUUUAGGAGGAUCCAUGACUAUUCUACCCAACAGAAAUGAAAUUUCAAGCAUGGACAUCACAGUGUUAAAUAUGCUGAACAGGAGGGACAGCAGCACCAGCACAAUCAGUUCCGCCUACUUGAGUAGCCGUAGGUCCUCUGGAAUUUCACCUUGCUUUUCCAGUCGGAGAUCCAGUGAUGCUUCCCAAGCUGAGGGAAGGCCUCAGAACAUGAGCGUCGCCGACUCCUAUGACCCCAUCUCGACUGAUGCCUCCAGGCGAUCCAGUGAAGUGAGUCAGUGUGAUGGCCUGCCAAGCCUACUCAGCCUCACCCCAGCCCAGCAAUACAGGCUGAAAGCUAAAUAUGCAGCAGCUACUGGUGGACCCCCACCAACUCCACUGCCUAACAUGGAGAGGAUGAGCCUCAAAACAAGGAUGGCACUGUUGGGUGAUUGCAGGGAGUCUGGAGUAUCUCCUCUGCCUCCAGUAAAUGCUCCUCGUAGAUGUAGUGAUGGCGGGGCAAAUAGUUAUAACAGGAGGCACUUUCUGCCUCAUGAUGUGCUGGGAAAUGGGACAAGGAGAGCCAGUGAUCCAGUAAGAAUGGUCUCUGACAACCUUUCUCUGCCUAGAGUCCAGCGAUUCAACAGUCUUAAUAGCUUUAACCCUCCUGUUUUGCCUCCAUCUAUGGAAAAGCGAAACUUUAUUCUUCAGAACUAUACCCGCUCUGAUGGCGGCCUGUUCCGUAACGUCUACUCCCCAUGUCCUCCGAGUAUCAGUGAAAAUAUCACCAUGGAGGCCGCUACAAUGGAAGCGGAUGGUAGUCUGAAUGAUGAGGAUCUCCUGCCAGACGAUGUGGUUCAGUAUUUGAAUUCCCAGAACCAGGGCAUGUAUGACCACUUGCCAAACGAUGUCCUGGACAAUAACAAAGUGCAUCAUGGGUCAGCGAUAGGGAACAACAACUUUCACCAGGUCCCUUCACCAAACAGUCAACAGACCAGCUCUGAAGCAAACAAAAGCGAUCUGCCAAUCCAGUGGAAUGAAGUAAGCUCAGGAAGUUCCGACUUGUCUCCUUCAAAAAUGAAAUGUGGUCCACGCUCGGCAGGCCAGCAAACUCGAGCUUUUGGACUAUAUAACAAUAUGAUGGUCCAGCAGCAGAACCUGGAGAGAAAUGGUAUGGCCCUACAAAAUGGCUAUCAACAUCUUGUGGAAAACAACAGCUCUUACAGUUUACAUCAGAACAUGAUUAGCGGCAACACCACCACCAGUAACCCUUUCAACAUGCAGGCAAAUAAGGCGCAGCCAUAUGGUGAAAGCAGCACCAGACAACCAAUGAUUUCUGGGGCAAUGGACAGUUCCUAUGGCAUAGUGAUUCAAGGGCAGAAGUUGAGAAACAACAGCAUGCUAAUAAACAAGAGUCAACAAAACUUUGGCCAUCCCAUGGUGCCAGGUGAGCAGUCUGUCAGUAUAGCUAAUGGGAUGCAGAAUAGAAAUACGAUAGAACCGGAAUACCCACAAAAUCAGCCAAUAGGGGAAGGCAUUCAUUAUCAGGGAGUCAAUCAAGUCAAUCAAAUGAUAGGGCAGGUUAGUCCUACCUCACAAAUCAGCCUUUGUCAAGGGCCACAGAGUUGUCCACCAAUGUCUCACAACAUUGGAAACCAGCAAUCAGGUUUGGUGGUGACAAAGAGUUACCAGCCAUGUGCCAACUAUGGAGGCAACAGACGGCAAAACAUGCUGAGAAACAACCUGGCACAACAGCAAGGAUUUAUAAGCGAUGCAAACCAGACAUACAGGGUAAAUGGCAUUAAGAUGGAGAUGCAAGGUCAAUCACAACAGUUCUGCUCUAAUAUGCAGAAUUACUCUGGUCAGUUAUAUGACCAACACAUGGGCUUUACUCAGCAAGCCAUGAAAACAGGUUCUUUCUCUAUUUUGGAAGCUAACUGCCUGCUGCAGGGGACUGGUACUGCAAACUCAUCUGAGCUUCUUUCCCCAGGGGCUAACCAAGUGACAAGCACAGUUGACAGCAUUGACAGCAACAGCCUAGAAGGUGUGCAGAUUGAUUUUGAUGCUAUCAUAGAUGAUGGGGACCAUGCCAGCCUAAUUUCAGGAGCCCUGAGUCCGAGUAUCAUUCAGAAUCUCUCACACAAUUCUUCACGCCUCACCACUCCCCGAGCGUCUCUUACAUUCCCAGCUAUGCCUGUGAGCACAACAAACAUGGCUAUUGGGGACAUGAGUUCUUUGUUGACCUCACUUGCAGAAGAAAGCAAGUUUCUUGCUGUUAUGCAAUAGACAUGGGGAAAAAAAACCUUACGAGAUAACAGAUAAAAAGUGACUCAUUUUUUAGUUGUGUAUGUAUUUUAGCAAUCUCAUCUCACCUAAAUGGGAUGUGUUUCAAGUAUAUUCCUUUUAUGGAAUAAGGACUCCGAAAACCCUAAAGUGUUCUAGGGAGAAACUGUCUUCCAUUUCAGUUUUGAAUCAGUAUUGUUAGACCCACUCCUCUCUCUCUUUUUUUUUAAAUGUCUGUAUACUUUUUUUAUUGUAAACCAAUGUAAACGUGUGAAGUGCAUGUUUUGUUUUGUUUUUUAAAGGAAGGUCUAAUGAAAUGACUUUGCAAUUUUCUUUUACUCAAAGGAAACACAGUCUUGUAUGAUUGUUGCCAAUGUUUUUAUUUAUGUAGGCACAAAACAACCAGGCAUGAUAUACAGAGUAGAUACAGUGAGUAAAGAGAGCAUCUGUGAAUGCGUUGCUGUAAGGUGGACAACUGGUCUAUGAACAAAUCUGCUCAUACUGUUCCCUGAUCAAGUACCCAUAACUGUGUGGCAAAAGAUAUCUGGCUUUAGCAAAUAAGAAAUGCAAAAUCAACAAACUAUUUUGUCCCGAAUAAGUAUGUGUGUAUGUACACAAGCCCACAUACACAGACCUUGCACUGCAACUGGUGAGCCGAAACUGUACCAUUUCUAUGACAACCCCCUUUUGGAGGGUUUAAAAAAUCCCUUUGUGAACACAAUUCACAUAUUUAGCAGAAUUUGGUCGACACUUUUUCCAGACAUUAUUCGACAAGAGGAGAAGAAAAAUAAAUGGAUGUCUGGUGAUUUGGGUAUUUUUUAUACUCUUCAUCAAAUACAGCAUUAAUUUUUGUAAUUGCAAUAAUUACACCUAGUUCUGCACUGUUGAAACUAGGGGAAGUUUUGCCAUUUGCUUUAGUGAGUGAAGAAACAGGCUCUAAGGUCCAGAUGCUCAAAGGUAUUUGGGUGCCUAAUUCCCAUUGAUUUUAAUGAGAGUUAGGUGUCUAAAUACCAUUGAGGCUCUGGGCCUAAGUCCAUAAGGUAGCCCAGUGUCGUUUUAAUUCAGGUGGAGGUUUUAAAAAUCAGCUACUCACUGUCCCCAGAACAAUUGCUUUUUCACAGUUAUUUAGUAAAAAUCUUCACUAUUCACUUGCGGCAGAGUACAUAUUUUUUAUUAAACAUGUAAACUCCUAUUGACAUACAGCACACUAACAACUUGAACCAUGAAUCUAUGGAAAAAAAAAAAAAAGAUCUUUACAGUCGCAUUGACCCAAUGGGCCUGAUUGGUUCUUGGCGAUCACAAGGGUGUUUAAUAUGUCCCCAAAGCGCUUUUUUUUUUUUAUUAUUUUUACUUUUAACAUUUUAAAAUCUAAACUUCCGAUUUAAAAAAUAGGCAAGGAAAGUGUCAGUAAAGAAAUUAUAUCCUGGUAAGAAGAGUCUUAGCUAAAGCUAAAAACGCAAGAGAAGUCCUUGGCACCAGCUUCCCUCUCAUUUUGAUUCGAUUCACUGGCCCAAGUUCUGCUUUGUCACACCAGCACAAAUCUAAACUAACACCAUUGAUUUCAGUGGAGUUAUGUGAGGUUUACACUGCUGUAACUGAGUACAGAAUUUGGCACAUUUUGUAAUUUAGGGCCUAUUCUGCUCCCCCUAGCACAGCAAAGCUCUCAUAGAUGCAGGAGUGAGUCCUGAACUCUUGAGGGUAAAAUUAACCGCUGUGCAGAAGACCUAGACAAGGUCUAUCCCCUACAUAAGUCUCAUUGAAGUCCUAUUUUGAAUGCUUACUGGGAUCUUAAGGUUUAUGCCCCUCCCUCUGUACACAAGUGAAUUGCACCCACAAGUAGUAGAUUUGUUGAGGAAGCAUGUAGUUAAAUGUUAGUCAGCAUUGGAGCCCACUUUAAAGUCUAGCAUAACAUCGGGUGUGAGUUCCACAGACUUAAAGCUUGUGUUAUUGUUGUUACUCAGCUGCAUUCAGAGUAAAAUAAAACCCAGCUGACUUAGAUCUCUUGUGAAUAUGUGUGAACACAAGCUCUGUCAGUCCAGUAUAAUGGGCCACUCCACUAAAGUCCAAGGAAGAAUUUCUAAAUCAGUAUGCAACGUAACAGGGAGCCAGUGUUGGAAUAGUGUAUACGCUCAUUACAGUGUGUGGUACUAUGUUCUAAGUAACUUACAUUUGAGAUGUUUUGCAAGGGAGAGCCAGAAAACAAGAAAUGUAAAUUCUCCAGAAAGAAUAAGGCCCCUCAGCAAUAGCCCUACAGGCUUCCUAGCUCAGAUCCUACCUUCCUUAGCAUUCCUCACAGCUGUAACAAGCAUUAUAGAGCCGGUGCUGGGCCUAAGCAGACUGAGCAAUUGCUUAGGGCCAUGAGCAGUUCACUUUUUAUCGUAAGAAUGUGCCUGUUUUACUGUUGUGGGGAGGGACCCCAAAAUAUUCCUGCUUAGGGGCUAAAACUGGCUCUGCCUUCCAUGGUCCUGUUCAUUGGCUCUUCCUCCCUCUGCUAGCUUCCUCUCCCUCUGUUCCAUGCUGGUUUCCUUCAAGCCAUAUUGCCUGCAAUCCCCAUGCAAACCAUCACCCUCGUUGCUUCCCUGCCGUUGGUGGGAAUCAGUAACAAGGGACGCAGGUUGCACUGGGCUUCGAGGCAAUAUGGCUAGGGAAGGGAGCCGGCAUGUCAAAUCGUUUUUCUGUAGUGGAUACACAAUGUGAGUCAAGACUUGCUCUUCCAUGGCUGGAGAACAUCCCUCAUUCUCAGAAGAAUGGCCCUCUCUUUCCUAGUAUUAAGCAGCUAUAAACUGGCCAGUUCUUUAAGGGUUAUCAGCAAUCUUCUGUGAGACUCAGACACAACAGAAUUACACUGCGUACCAUUAAAUCACAAUAGUUACUGCUCCAGGUGUUAUCUUUUACUUAGGGGCUUAGAAGGUAUCAUGGUACCCUAAUUAGAGACCGUCCAUCUCCUUGUUUGACACCCCACCUCCCCAUAGCAUGAGCAAUCAGCUGAGACACUGAAACUAACAGUCCACUGGGUUAAAAAGAGGGUGUUGAUUACAAAACAUUCUCCAUGCCAGACCGCAGUUUCCUCUGGCCCUUUGAUGGGCUUCAGGGCACAUUGGGCGGCCUGUCUCCUUUCCCUGGGAAGUGAGGAGUAGCUGUUUAGUGCUGCUGGUCAUGCUUUAUAUUUACUGGGGAGGUGGUUCCACUUAGAAGGGGUUAGUAAAUCAUGAAUAGCUGUUAAAACCAUGUUGCAGACAUGAGAGGUAUGUGUUAUGGAAGCUCAUAAGCGGAAGGUAUUACUGCUGGUUACAAUAAUAAUGAUGCCUCGCUUGUAUAUAGCACUUUUCACAGUAGGUCUCAACACACUUUACAAAUGAUGUCAGUGUCAUUAUCCCCAUUUUACAGAGGGAGGAAACUGAGACACAAUGCUGAAGUGACUUGGCCAAGGUCAUCCAGCAAGCCAGUGGCCAAAGCGGGAAACAGAACCAAUGUCUGCCAAGUCCAAUGUCCUAUCCAAUAGGCCAUAUUGCCAUACUCAUAAGCAACAAAAAGUGACUGAUUAUUAAAAUAUCCAUUCAUCAUUUAUAGACUAUAUAUGGAACCUUAAUAUAAAGUGUGACUAGUGUUGGAGUCAAUGGCUUGGGGAAAUCUCUUUUGGAGCCAGCCUUUAAAAAUUCGUGUUUAAUUUUUGGUUAUGAGAUAAUCCUCUAUUAAUUAGCACAUUUGACAACAAAGUAACAAUGGGUUUCAUAGAUUUUUUCCAGGAGAAGGGCCAAUUAGCUAAUGUAGUCUGAUCUCCUGUAUAUCACAGGCUAUUAAUUUUCAUCCAGUUACCCCUUGCUUGAGCCCAAUAACGUGUGUUUGUGUUUGGCUAAAGCAUAGCUGUCAGAAAGCACUGAUUUGACAACCUCAAGAGUUGGAGGAGCCACCAUUUCCCUUGGUAGAUUGUUCCACUGGUUAAGAACUCUCCUGUUAACAAGUUGUGCCUAAUUUGUCACCUUUUGGUCUCAUUAUGCCUUUCUCUGCUAAAGUAUCCAGUAGUUUCUCCCCAAGCAGGUACUUACACACUGUAUGCAGGUACUUACAUGUCUUCUUUUUAAUAAGCUGAAUGUAUUGAGCUCUUUAAAUCUCUCACUGUGAGGCAUUUUCUCCAGCCCUCAAAUAAUAUUGUGGCUCUUUUCUGAACCCUCACCAAUUUUUCAACCUCCUUUUUAAACCAUGGGCACCAGAACUAUAUACAAUAGCUUAGUAUUGAUCACAUCAAUGUCAAAUACGGGGGGGGGGGGGGGAAGCACACCUCCCCAUUCCUACUCCUUUGCUUAAACAACCAAGAAUCAGAUUAGCCCUUUUUGCCACACCAGUUAGUAUUUCAAGGGAAGUUGGCAACCAGACUCUGUGCCCUCCCUCCCCAAUUACUAUAGUGGGGUAAAUGUGUUUUUUAAUGGCAGCCACUGUCAUUAAGAAUAGCAGUGGAAGCACUGUCAUGCUAAAAAUCCGUGUGUGCGUGUCUUCUCUCCAGCCUGACCUUCAAUAGAGUUUUUUGGUCCCUUCAGCUUCCACCUUUGUUUAUCCUUAAGAGCACUGCUCUUGUUCGGCAUGCAUGAUUUCCUUUUGCAAAAAUGAAAGACCUGCUUGUGCCCUCCUGUGUGUUCAGUUGCAUCCAUCAGGUACAGUUGGAUGUAUGACAGGUACUUUUGGAGGUAGCGAAGGAGAAGUCCAGAAUGGGUUUGAUAUCGAGCACUGUGGACUUGGCUAUCCCAAUAGCAAUGUAGAAUUUUAAUCUCCUUCUAGGCAAGCUUCUAAAAUGGUACUUGCAUUUAAGAUUGGCUUUGUUUCUUUCAUUUUUAAGACGACAUGGGCAGAAUAGUAGUUAGCCAGCCCAUGUUAGACUAUGGCUUGUCCUACUAAACAACAGUGUUUCAAUGUAUGUGCCUUAUUUUGUGUUGAUCCUGUAAAAGAGAGGGACCAAGAACUAUUGCCAAAUUUUAGCUAUAAGGCUGUGCUUACCAUUCAGCUAAUAGCACAUACCACUGUUAAUAGUAUCUGAAAUGUCUUGUAAACCUCUGGUAUUCAUGUGUUGUUGUUCUUGAAUUGAUAGAAUGUCCUCUAUUAAAAAUUUACCAUUGUCAAUCCUGCAGAUGUGUAAGAUAAAAGUGUUCAUUUUUCAUUUUUUUUUUAGAUUUUUAUAAAACUUGUAAUCAUUUUUUUAAUGUGUAAAUACAUUUACCUACAGUAGGAAUAGUGUUCGGAUGUAAUAGGCCUUAGUGGUCUUCAUUUGAUAAACCUACAGUUAUGAUCUGAUGUUUCCCGAACCUUAGAUCAAUCUGAAGGGUCUGUAGCACUGUGUACAUAUAAACUGUACUUCUGCUUUCAGAACCACUUAGCUCUUUUGUAACAAAGAAAAAAUGUUUCUUACAAUGUCAAUAAAAACAAAACCUUUGUACUGAA